AACAAAAGAGUCUCGCCGGCGUCCCCGCCCGCACACUCGCGCUCGGGCGCUCACGGAGCAGGGACCGGCGCCCGGAGCGAGCCUGGGAGCGGCGAGCCGGGGACCCACCGCGCGGAGCCAGCCGAGCCGCCGGAGCCCAACCCGCGACGACCCACGCCCCCGAGCCCCGCAGCCGCCCCCAGCCGGCCGGUGUCCCCACCGCCAUCCCGGACCCAUGGCGCUGAAGCGGAUUCAGAAAGAAUUAAGUGAUCUACAGCGUGAUCCACCUGCUCACUGUUCAGCAGGACCUGUGGGAGAUGACUUGUUCCACUGGCAAGCCACUAUUAUGGGGCCUCCUGAUAGCGCAUAUCAAGGUGGAGUCUUCUUUCUCACUGUACAUUUUCCAACAGACUAUCCUUUUAAACCACCAAAGAUUGCUUUCACAACAAAAAUUUACCAUCCAAACAUAAACAGUAAUGGAAGUAUUUGUCUCGAUAUUCUGAGGUCACAAUGGUCACCAGCUCUGACUGUAUCAAAAGUUUUAUUGUCCAUAUGUUCUCUACUUUGUGAUCCUAAUCCGGAUGACCCCUUAGUACCAGAUAUUGCACAAAUCUAUAAAUCAGACAAAGAAAAAUACAACAGACAUGCAAGAGAAUGGACUCAGAAAUAUGCAAUGUAAAAUGAAAAACAUUUUCAUAUAUACCAGAGUACUGUAAAAUCUAGAUUUUUUUCAACAUUAGCAGUAAAUUGAGCACUGUUUACUGUUUCAUUGUACCAUGAAACCAUUUGAUUUUUACCCAUUUUAAAUGUGUUUCUGAAGCAAGACAAAACAAACUUCCAAAAAUACCCUUAAGACUGUGAUGAGAGCAUUUAUCAUUUUGUAUGCAUUGAGAAAGACAUUUAUUAUGGUUUUUAAAAUACUUGGACAUCUGCAUCUUCAGCUUACAAGAUCUACAAUGCAGCUGAAAAGCAACCAAAUUAUUUUUUGCUGAAACUAGAUGUUUUUACAUGAGAAAUACUGUACGUGUUGUCUAAGAUGUCAGUUUUAUAAAUCUGUAUUCAGAUUUCAUUCUUUGUUAGCUCACUUUAUAAUUUGUAUUUUUUUACUGUAUAGACUAAAUAUAUUCUAUUUACAUGUAUGUCAACUCAUUACUUUUUCCCUGUGAACAGUAUUGAAAAACCCCAGCGGCUGAUAAUUAAGUGAAUUAACUGUGUCUCCCUUGUCUUAGGAUAUUCUGUAGAUUGAUUGCAGAUUUCUUAAAUCUGAAAUGAUCUUUACACUGUAAUAAUCAGCAUACUGAUUAUGGAGAAACACUUGUUUUGAUUUUGUUAUACUUGACUUAACUUUAUUGCAAUGUGAAUUAAUUGCACUGCUAAGUAGGAAGAUGUGUAACUUUUAUUUGUUGCUAUUCACAUUUGAAUUUUUUCCUGUAUAGGCAAUAUUAUAUUGACACCUUUUACAGAUCUUACUGUAGCUUUUUCCAUAUAAAUAAAAUGCCUUUUCUACUAUUUGUCUUGAUUACUUAAAAAUAUAAAAAUAUAAUUAAGGAUCAAAACUCUAAAAUUUUGCAUGAAAAUUACUUCCAAAUUGUGAAAAUCAGAUCUAUUAUGUUUGGCAUUAGUCACCAUUAGUUUUAUAAAUUUUAUUGUUUUAGGUUAGUAUCUCUUUACUAAAUUAUCAGUCUAUAAGAUGAUAUAUGUUGAUCCCUUGCUGUGGAAGAGAAUUUAGAAUAAUUUGGGGUUUGUCUGGGAUUAUAUCUAAAUGGAUUAUUUGUUAAAAGUACUGAAAUGAGUAUGAGGCAGUAUCACCCAACCUGAAGAAAGGUCUUUAUAGACCUGUACAAAUCACUAGAUUAAUUCAUUAAAAUACUCCACCCCUAUGUAAUUGACAUAUUUCUUAAAAUUUUAAAAUCUAGAAUUUCUAACAUGGAAUUUUAAUGCCAUCACAAUUUGAAAAGCAUUUUUUUUUUUUUUUUUUUUUUUUUUUACUGUAGAACUUACAAAGGAAGUUCUAAAAUUAUGCCUCCCUCUGUUUUUGUAAGUGGCCAUCCAAAAGUGAUUUAAAUAAGCAGAUUAUCUUUAUAGAUUUUUUAAAGAAAACUAGAAAGUAUUAAUGUUUUAAUGUGGGGGAAAAUACAUCUCUUUAAUGUUUAGCAUGCUUAUCAACCUUGAGCGAGUGUCAUUUUUAAGAACAGUUGUAGCCCUUCUGAUUAUUGCAGUAGCUGUAGAAGUGUGUAAGAGUCUAUGAUGGGUGUAGUCAUUAGCAAAACAUUUAAAUCACUUGAGUAUUUUGUCAUGGUUCAUUAUUAUUAAAGCACAAAAUAACCUAUUGUUAGAAAAUAUGUGUUUUUAUAAAUGAAUGUAAAAUAAAUGAAUUGUGAAAUGGAAGUUUAAGAAAAUAUAGGUUUAAAAAGUAACUCUAUAAAGUGAUGUCUUAAAACAGCCAUAUCAUGAAAAAUUCUACCUAGCUAUGUUAUUAUAAGCUACAUUUGCCCUGAAUUUGAACACUCAACAUCAUUAGAUUUAAGUAUUUAGUAUAUUUUGAUAGUAAAGGGUUUUGUUUCUUGAGUAUCUUCCCUUAAAAAAAGAAAACAACUUUCAUUUGUGUGGCAUUUAUUUUUGGAAGUGUCUUUUUUUCUUUAUUAAAGUUUUUGAAACUUGC